AUGUUUUAAUAAUACAAACUAAUUAGUUUUGCGUUAAUCAUUUAAUCUGUAUUUGCAGUUUAAAAGGAUACUUAAACUAUUUUGACAGAAUUUGAUGCUGAUAACUUUCGAAAUACUAUUCUCUCAACUGUUCGAAUGUAUUUACAAUUAAAAGAAAAUGCUGAAGAAAUCUUAGUAUUACUUAAUCAAGUCUUGGCUGGAUUGGUUGAUGAUUAAAUAAACAUGAUAAUAUUAUUAGAAUUGACAGAGCAGCAUGCACUCUUAUUAUUACAGAAUUAGAAAAUUCUAUUGCUUAUCAUACAGUUUAAAUAACAGCCAAUGCAUAAAUGAGAGAAGAUAAUGAAAAGGCAUUGGCUGAAACUGAAACUGAUGCCAGAUAAAUUAUAUAAUUAAUAAUUAUAUAAUAUAAUAAAAAGGAUGUUAAAUGUAAUGAUAGAACAUUUGCUUAAGAGGAUACCAAAAAAAAUAAGGCACAUAAAUUUUGGGUUAGAAAGAAUGGUGAAAAUGACGAUGCUAUUGUAGUUGUUGAUGAAACUACUAAUUAAUUAGUUUAAUAUCUUUCUAUGGAUGCAACAUUUGCUGAACUUAAACAAAAAUUUGAAGCUUUAUAAAUGAGAUUAAUUGAAAAUGAAAGUCAUGGUGCUCUAAUUUAACCUAUUGUUACUGCCUAAACUGGAUUAGCCACAAAGGUUGAUCAAAAAGCAAUCUUAAGAAUUCUUUAAUUACUUUCAUAACUUAGAUAACAAUUAAUAGGAGCUGGGUCUAAUUUUGAAGUAAUGGUAUGUCAUAAAUUUAGGAUACUGAAAUUAGAUAAGGUUAAAGAUGGGUUGAAUUUUCUACUUAUUUGACUUAUGAACUAAAUAUAUUAGUUGAUAGAAAGAAUCAAUUAGAAUAAGCAAUUCAAACAUUCAAGGCUAAUAUUGAUAUUGCCUCAUUUCUAUGA